GUAUCAUUUCCACUAGUGCGAGUGUGGAGUUUACUUCGUCUGUUCGAUUCGUCAUUUCUGCCACUUGCGGUAGCCUUUCUUGUCGCGUCUCUGCUCAGUGAUUGUUCCAUCGAAGAAAAAAGCGAGGCGAAACAUACUGGAUACGUGUACACUCGGGAACAUUGGUUUUUGUCAAUCUCCUUGCAAAAAGGACAGAAUUAAUAUUCGAAUGUCGUUCGAUCAUUCACUGACUGCAUAACACGAUGUGUUUAUUGUUUGGUGAAUGUUACAGUGAAUCGAUGUGUUUCGUGUAACGUUGUUCGUCUUGUGAGUGAAUUUUCUUUAAUUGAAGUAAAAAGAUGAGAAAUGAAACGAGGGACAAAAGUAGAAGCUGUCAGCCGCGAAUUGGGUUACGUCCCGUUCGCCUGGCAACGAUAUAUGACGCAACAGCCACCCUUCGUUAGUAUCCGUGAUCCUCGUGAUUUUUACCUGCGGCUUUAAUUGCAACAGGACUUUAAGAUACGCGAAAAAAAACGCUAAAGUGCUCUCCAUGCAAUCAACUAUCCUCAUUGCAUUAUCUCCAUUGCGCAGUAAGUUUUGGAGGUUAGCUGAUCACAAAUAAGAAAUUUAAACGAAAGCGACACCCACAGAGGCAGUCGGAUCAGCUGUUUCCCCAGGACGACCUUUCAACUACGCUUGAUAAUACAAAUGCCAGUCCACUACGCGAAUCUUUUGGAAAUCACCAUCUCGAAAGCUCUUUGGUACCAGAAUAAAUUAAAACGGAGGAAGGACAAUGUUGUCGUACAUGCUACCAACCGAAGACAAACCACCACCCGGAGAUUCGAAUCAGGGCAAUUACCGCGCUAGUAAGUUGCAGAAAAGUCCGAAGGAACGUCCAUCCAUCGGUUCGAAGCCGGUGGGCAAAGUGAUCACGAUCUCUCCGAAAAAAUACGUUGACACGUCCAAAAUGAUCGUUUCAACGAAGAUCGAGGAGCAUGGUGACGAUCAGCGCCAUCUGCAGGACGAACAGCGACAACAGCAGGGGAUGUUGAGUGAAAGUCCAAAGCACAACGGUACCGUGGUGAAAAAAUCGACUUUGCACACCUCGAAGGUCACUAAAGAUGACAGCCUGUACAGUAUAAACAGCGACGCGAGCACGGUUGGAAGUGAUCGAAAGAGUAAAAUUUUUAACGGGGCGAAACACACUAGUCUAAAAAGAGUAUCCUUUGGCUCAAGCAAAGGAUCAAUGGUAGAAACUCUAGUGUAUGAGACACCUGUUCAAGAAGAGCCGGAAAUCAAUCGUUUUAUGGAUCACAACGGACGCAUACCCUCCAUGAUUACAUCUGUACCUGAUACCGACGAAGGUAGGGAAAUGGUACGCGUCUCGUUGCUAGGUCCACAACCUUCACCGACAACACCCGGCGUAUUUCAGGUGCAGCCUAUCGCGAUAUCGAGGACUCAACCGAUCGACAUGGACACCGUUCCGGCCGAACUCCUGACCACGCACACCGAACACACAGCUCCCGCCUAUCACACGCAAAUCAGCACGGAUAGUGGUUGGGAUAAUCCAUUCAGACCAGACGGUGACCUUUCGAGGGAAGCUGACGAGAUAGUGGAAUUGAUAAAAGGUGGAAAACCUAUCACUCCGACCCCUGGCCAGACAGCUCCACCAUUGCCAGGAUGCGAUACUACCGACAACGCGCAAACUACUGUUGAUCACGAUUCCAGUUCCAGUCCCUUGCUAAAAUCCUCUGCGAAUUCUACGAAUCGACAUGCGAAUUCUUCGCCGAAACCUGGGCAGGAGAAUGGAAACGCCCAUGGAACUCCGAUGAAAGCUGCAACCGCGAAUAGUCAGCAGCCUGUCAACGAUAAGGUUGUCACAUCGUCGAGAGCAGCUACCGUUGAAGUCGCUAGAAUGACAGCGCAGGGACCAGGCGACGCUUCGCAGGUCGAACACGUCACCUUAAAGAAGAAGCCUAAAUGUAAAUGUUGUCUUCUGCAGUAAUGAAAAGAAAGUAAAAACUGUCGCGUGAAUGACUCUUGGCAAUCGGAUGAUUCUCCGUCGCUGAAAACUCUGCAUCGCGGUUUGGUCGCCGAUAAACGUAAUGGCUAAUGUUUCUCGAAAAAAA